UUCAUUAAAAAAUCAAUGAAUUGCAUUUUCGAACUCAUAUGAUAUGACAAAAAAAGCUCGAUUGGCAUUGUCAGGUUUCGAACUCACGCGUGACAAUGCCACGAAAAUUACAGAUUCCCCUACAGGUGUGACUCUUGAGUCAACCUUUCGCGAUUAGGGGGUUAAUUCGCGAUUAGUAUUAGGGGGAGGUGGGGCUACAUUGAAAACAUAUAUCUAAAGUAGCAUAUUUCUAAAGUAUGCUGGACCUAGCCAUAAAUUAAUUUAAAUCCGCUAUUGUUUUAUCUAUCUAUGUUACAUUACGUUAAAGCCUAGUUUCUUUUAGAAAUACGCGAGAAUAUAGCAUUUUCAAUGUAGCCCCACCUACCUCACUCUACGUUUCUGGAUUGUUGCGAAUUUAGCUGAUCGAAAUUUAUUCCGAGAGUCGUUCUUGUCGAUUGUUGAUUGUUUGAUAGGUCUAUUGCUGUCCUUAACGACAGGGAAUCAAUCAAUGGACAUUCUGUCAGAAUGUCGCUCAUAAAAGAAAAAAUUCUCUUCAUUAAUGGCCAAUGAAUGACUUUAAGGUGUGUGUCUCGGAUGGGUGUAAAAAUUUUAGAUUAGUGUCUUUGAUAAUUGUUUUUAAUCAAUCAAUGGACAUUCUGUCAGUAUGUCGAUCUUAAAAGAAAAAAAUACUCUUCAGUAAUGGCAAAUUAAUGACUUCAAGGUGUGUGUCUCGGAUCAGUCUAAAAAUUGAGAUAAGUGUCUUGGCUUAUUGUUUUUAAUUUUUAAUUUUUUAUUUUAUUCGUACAGCAGAAUAAGAACAAUAAAUAGGUAUGUUUUUGUGUUUUUUAGGCUGUUAGAAAAAUAAAAAUAAAUAAUCUCAAAGAUUAUUGAAUGAAGUUGAAAAAAAAUUGCAACGUGUUCAAAGAGAUCUUUUUUCUCCGUACAAAUUGAAAUCACAAGCGAUUCACGUUACUCUCUCCACUUUCUAAAAAUUUCUUUCAUGUGGAUAAUGUUUAAAUAUUUUUGUGUACAUAGCAAUUAUAUGUCGCUAUGGUAUAUUUUUGAGUGUAUUGAAGAGAGGAAAUUUGUUAUUGAUGGGGUUUUCCAAGUAUUAAAAGGUAUUUUUGUGCUAAAUGAGAUUUUCUUAAAGAGGUACAUUUGGUGGAUUAUAGAAGAUUAAGAGGCUUUUCUAAAUGGUUUUUAGAUAAAAUGCGUAAACAAGAGUUUAAGUUUUGAUUUUUUCUCACAAUAUUAUUGUGUGUCUUUUUUUUUAAAUAUAUGAUUUCAAAGCACUAGUCACAUUUUAUGCUUAAUGGCUCAACACUAACACAGGUGUGCUCUCACCUCUGAAAAAUUGCACAAAUACUGGUGGAGCUUUGGGGUUUCUCUCUGUGUGAAUGAUAAUAUUAUUAAAAGUUGGAUGAAUAAAGUUUUAUUAAAUACACACGCGAUUGUGGAUGAUUGUACUUGUUGAGAGCGAGGUAUUUCCAAGGUGUAGUUGUGCCUUGGCCACAUAAUGUUGGAAAGUUAACAACGAGGUGGAAUAUCACUUCUUUUCUUCUUCAACGUUGCUUAUUGUAAAGAUUGAGACCAAUACGAAUAGGUCACAAAACUGCGCUCUCGGGGCUUUUUUCGUGGUCCCAGAAAAUUUUUACAAGUAAAUCGCUUAAGAAGAGGUUGUUCUUUUUUUCUUGUUAAAUGAGUUUGUGAAGAGAAGAGUGUUGUGGAAGUUAAUGACAAAAAAAAAGGUUGUCCCGGAAAGUAUUCCUCGGCCUGUCCAAAAGAGAGAAGAACUGUUUAGUGUCAGUGACGAUUCUGUUUCACUACUUUUAUACAUUUAUACCCCACAAUUGGGCGCUGGUUUCUCUCACUCUUUGACGGUGUUACAAGAAGUGUUGAGGCUACUCUACCACCAAUUUUUUUUUCAGUAGAGAGAGAGUGAGGAAAGUCGAUGGGUUGGGAGGUUGAGUGUUGGUGGCGGAAACUCCCAAAGAAGACUGUCUUGACUAGCCAUCGUGAAGAGUGGUGUUAAAAGUUUUUGGUGAAUUGUGGUAGAAGAGAGUGGAAGAAAAAUCCAAGAAGAGGGUGAUCAAAGCUCAGAAAGAAAAAAAAUCCGGAGACACAUUGGGGGUAUCCCCAAAACGAGAAAAAAAAGAGAGGGAGGCUUAAGUUAGGAAAAGCUCCCCAGCCAAAACUUUCUUCCAAAGUUCUUGAAAAAAAGUAUCUUCAAGUGUUCUUUUUUGGAAAUUUUUCUUCGUCAUCAAGACAUAUUUUUCGGUGAUUUCAACGGAAUUUCAAUGGUUGAUCUUUGCUAUGGUGUUGUGUGAAUUCUUAAGUAUAUUGAGAGAAAAACCUGUGUGGAAAAAUUCAUUGUGACUCAGUGUGUUGCAAUUUGAAAGGAAGAAAUAUAGAAACAAGCUUAUUACAACGACUUCUCUACAAACAAUACUCAUUUAAAAUUUAUUAUUAUUUCUUCAGCAAAAAAAAAGUAAAAGAAAAAUUGCAAACCCCAAAUAGUGCAAAAAUUGUGUGAAAAUCCAUGAACUAAAUAAUUUUUAUAAAAUCUUUCAAAUCAGUUAUAACCCAAAAAACAUUAACAGAUAAUCACUCUAAAAAUAACUCAUUAAUUACAAUAGUUAAUUUAAUUAUAAAUCUAACUGUGUAACUUUUAUACUAUAAUUUAAUUUCUCUUGUGAGAGAGAGAAACAUCAGCGGGAAGAGGUGAAGAAAAUAAAACGAAGAAUAUAACUGUUAGAAUUUGUGUGUUGAGCAUCUUGAAGAGUCGAUUUACAGCUAUUCACCGAUCUCUAAAGUUUCUCACUCGAUUCCCAAAUGGAAAUGGAUGAUAAUGAUAACUUUUUGGAUUAUCAAAAGAUGAACUUUUCUCCGUUCACGACCCAAUUUGCCAGUGCGAUACCUGCAAAUGCUGUGAAUCAAUUUACAGCGGCCAAAUUUACACAGAAUAUUACAACGGCAAAUGGACAGGUGGUGGGAUUGGUGUCUGGAGGGGAUGGCGGAGUUCAUUACCUCCGGCCGGUGGAAAGUGGGGCAGCAUUCCCCGGACAAACACAGACGACAACGACGUCAAAUAGUUUGCAGCAGACACACCAAACCCUCAUAACGCUCCCAAUCACGAUGCCUGGUGCAAAGCCGGGAGAUGCUCAGCAAACUGUGCAAAUUCAGGUUGUCAAUCCCAAUCCCAUUCAGCAGCAACCCAAGUUUCAGAUGGGCCAGAUGCAGAUACCCAUACAGGGACUGCAACAGGGCACAACGGUUCUAACGGUGGCCUAUGCACCUCAGGAGGGUGAUAUCCUCCAGAAUCAUGGGCUACCUGAGGGUAUGACCGUUGUUGCGGCCCUACAGCCGCAGGAUCUGCAACUCAUUGCUCAGGCUCAGGCAGCUAUGAGCUCACAAGCCCAACAGCAGCAGCAGCAGCAACAGCAGAAUACUCAGCAAACCACGGCAUCUCAGACGACGGAGCAAAGCUCCAAGGAGGAGGAAGCAGUGGUCAAACCAAUACAGAUAAAACAGGAGCCAGUUUGGCAAAAUUCAGUAUCAACACCGAGUGCAUCAACUGAUAUCUCGGACUACCUUUCGCGUAUACCUACGCAGGAGUUACCCCUGCAUCUGCAUCAUUUCCUCAAGUUCAAUGCUGAGACUAUUAAGCGUGAAUCUCAGGUGGAGAAUUCCCCAUUGAAUGGGGCAUUGAUCACCUAUGACUACGGUGGGCAGCAGCAACAGCAACAGGUUGAGGGUCAGGUGCAGCAGCAGGAGAGUCAUAGUCAGGAUGCCAGUGUUGGAACAGAUAUUCAGGGUGACAUUCCAGCGGGAGAGGGUGGAGAGAAAGCCAAGAAGAAGCGACGGUAUAAGAAGAAACCGCCCAAGCCUAAAAGACCCAAACCAGGUCAAGUUCACAUUGCUACGGCGCUCGAUGGAACUAUCCUGUUCUGUUGUCCGGAAUGUCAUCGUGCCUACCCUGAGAAGGAGAACCUCGAACAACAUCUAUCCGUCCACAAGAUUGAGAGGAGAUUCAUUUGUGACAUUUGCGGAGCUGGACUGAAGAGAAAGGAGCACCUGGAGAGGCACAAAUUGGGUCACAAUCCCGAUCGGCCCUACAUCUGCAGUGUCUGCAUGAAGGGUUUCAAACGCAAAGAACAUCUCAAUCUCCAUUUUGUCAUUCACAGCGGGGAGAAGACGGAAAUUUGCGGGGAAUGUGGGAAGGGCUUCUAUCGCAAGGAUCAUCUGCGGAAACAUGCAAAAUCUCAUGCGAUGAAGCGAAUGAAGGAGGAACUCAGUGCUCAAGCUAGCGCAGCUGCGGCGGCUGCAGCCGCUGCGGCUUCGUCAGCCGUCACAAGCAUCGCAACUUCUGCGGCGGGAGUACCGGCUGUGUCCAUCACGGCUAUCCCAACGGUCUCAGGGAGCAAUUCUCAGCAGUCCCAGGAGGCCAAUGGGGAGCCGGAGAUGAACUCAGGGAUGGACACAACGUCCAUUCAGACGUCCGUCGCAACUCCGGUCACUUCCGCCACCAACACCACCAUCAUUCAUGUACCAACAAGUAAUAAUACGACUCUACCUGUUCAAAUUCAACUCCCUCAACUUGUGGCCACGACAACGGCAGAAAGCUCAUCGGCAAAUGUUGUUCUACCUCCCACUUCUGAUUCCCUCAUGUAGAAGAGGACAAGAAAGUUUAGGAGAAAAAUGGGCUUAGAAAGUUGCGCAGAAGACAAAAAGAGCCAGAGACGAGGCUGCAAAAAUGUGGAAUUUCUAAAAAAAACAAAAAUUAUUUGUACAUUUUUCUAAUGCGCUGGAGAUUACGAUUAAAAACAAAAGACAGCUAAGAAUUAGGCAAGGAGAAAAAAUGAAUUUUCAUAUAAGAAAAAAAAGUGAAGAAAAUUAUCUAGUUUUUAAAAAUAUUUUAAUUAUAAAGUUGAAGUGAAAGAAAUUUGCCGGAAAAUCGGCGUUCUACUCUGAUCAUUUUUGUAUAUAAAAUGUUUCUUCAAAUGUAUUAUUUAAGUAGAUAUUCGUUCUGCAGGAACUUUUGAAAAAAAACAACCCUUUCCUCUGAAGUUUAGUAUUGUUUCUUUUUUUUAUUGCUUUAUAUUUUUUCAACACUCAAAAAAUGAAAAAAAUAGCAAAGGAAAAAAAUAGAGAAAUUUUAUUUGGUUUUUUCGAAUUUGAGUUUCUUUUUUUCAGUGAGAUUUUUUCUUUUGAAAAUUUUAAACGGAUUUUCGGCAGUUGACACAUUCCGGAAAUAUUUUGGAAAGAUGAUGAGGAGAGAGCUUUGAGCUUUUUCCCAAAAAGCCAAAAGUUUCAGCUCAAUAGGAAACUUUCGGAAAAAAAGACAAAAAAAAGUCCGAAAGGUAAAACAAAACAUGAACAAAAAAUGUGAAAGUUAAUUUAACAAAAAGCUCUGUAAAUAAAGUUUAUAGAAAGUACAGGUGAAAA